AUGUCGCUGAAUGGUCUGGAUGAUGCGACGGUCAAGGAAGCCUACGAUGCUGCGAUAGCUGAGCCCGGAGGAUGGUUCCUGCUCAAGUACGUCAGUCGCGAUGAGGUCCAGGUCCUAGCCAAGGGCAACGGUGGCACCGUUGAAAUGCGCAACAACAUUGCCCAGUACGAGGAGACGUCGCCUUUGUUCGGUCUCCUGCGAUACCGUCGCAGGAAUGUGAUCAUCAAAUACCUGCCCGAGGGCUGCUCCCGAUUGAUCCAAGCACGACUCGCCGUCCACUUCAAUGCGGUCUGCGAGCGCUUCGCCCCAUACGACACGACCUUCGACAUUGCCGAGGCCAAGGAACUGAAGGACACCAAGCUAUCGGCGGCUUGCUCCCUGCACACCGCGUCCGAGUCUACGUCAUCCUCCACAAGCUCCCUUCGGCGAAGAAGGUUAAUGGAAAUAGCAGAAGAGGAGGAAGGCGAACAGAGAACAGCCAAGAGACAGUCCACAGUGGAAGAGGAGGAGGAUCAUCAGUCAGAAGUCGACCCGACCGAGUCUCGGCCGCGCUCGCCUAUCACCGGUCCACCCGUUACCCUCGAUCCACAACUCGCUGCUUCGCCAGAAGCAUCACAGUUCGCUGGCAGCACAGAACCUCCCUCCUUUAUUGGCGUGCCGCGGCCGGCCUCCCCGGCCAAGUCCUUCGAAACUGAUACAGGCCGGCGCUUGUCAUCGCAAUCUUCACGGCAGGAUUACUACAGCUCCUAUUAUAAUAAACCAAGAGUGAAGCUUGGACCGCGCCCCUCACUCGACCCGGCUGGCAAGCAAGGCAGCUCCAGCUCUGUCCGCCCGGUUGCGUCCAUGCCCGCGAGUCUCAAAUUGUCUUUUAAGGGAGCGAAGAGGACUAAGACGCAGGACGACUCGUCAUCUGUAAUCAGUGAGGAGCCCGGAGAUAACACAUUCCUCAACCCAUCGAUACCCAUCCCCGAGGAUCCUUCCCUUCUCCAGGCACUGCGACCACGCACCAGUGGCGGAAGGCCGUCCACCAGCUCUGGUGUGUCAGUCAAGUCACUGCCGUCGAUAUCAGCUCCUUCCAGAAGUACAAUGACACCCGAGAAACUCCGUCUUAUGAAGGCCAUGCAGUUACGGGAAAAGAAGAAGAGGGCAAGCGAGCAAACGCCCCAAGUGCCUUCAGUCCAGGUGACAGCCGACCCUGAGGAGUCCAAGGUCGCAGCCGAAGACAGCGAACCCCGAGUCGAAACCCAGACUCCUGCAGAGAAUGACCAGGCCGUGGAUCAUCUGUCCCUCACCAAGGUCGAAUCUGAGGGUGACAACGUUUCUACCAUCCCAACAGACCAUGCCUCGGUGCGCACGCAAACGGAUUCUCGGCCACCCUCGCCAAUCUGUGCUUCCUCUGAAGUCGGCGACUCGACCAAGGCGUCAUCCGUGUCAGACUCUACGGAAGAAACAAUCCAGGGCCAGGGAGACAAAAUCGGACAAGAACAUGAUGAAAAGAGCGCACAGCUAGUUGACACGCUGAAGCAAGAUGACGCACGGCCAGACGAAACCCCUGCUGCCGGCCCAGACGAUGCUGUGAUCGAGAACGGCCCGGGGGUCGAGGGACAAGAGGUGUCCCAAGCGCCACUGACUCAGACGGAGCAGCAGCCCGACACAGAAGGUGCCCAAAGGGAGGUGGAAGAGAAACCAACACUUGUUCAGAAAGACCUGCCUGCUGAACAUCGUUUUAUCCCAACUUCCAAAUUCGCUAAAGCGAUGAACGGCCAGGCCGUCGUGGAGCCCAUGGAGCCGGACCCACAAGAGGUUACAUCUGUACCUGGAAGGAUUGAUGAGGUGGGCCCUACCCCUGUGGACCCUGCCGAGAGGACACAAGACGGAUCAGCCGCAUCACCGCCCAAAUGGAACCUCCCAAUUUCAAAGUACUCAACCCAUGAUUCCAGCAAGACUCUCGCUCCCUCCCCCAUCCCAGCCAUUGUGACUUCCUCGACCGACACGCCUGAUGGAGACCACCAGGACCUAGCCAAUGCAGCAGACACAAUGGAAGCCGAGAGCGCUUCUAGCGAGAAGCGGUCGAAGAGACCUGAUCCCAUCAACACGGCCUUGGAUCUCCCCGACAAGCAGUCAGUACAGGAAAAUGAACAGCCCAUAGCCGAGCCGCAGUCCGCGACCACUCAGGAGGCCAAGCCAGUCGUGAUCGCUUCCCCAGUCGCCUCUCCGGUCACCGCCACUUCAACAGGUCAGCCCAGCGAACCACCGACACCGCGCAUUAUGCGGACCGUAUCGAGCCCGAUCCGGAGCCCACAAUUGCCGACCCCUGGUGCAGCACCCCCGUCCGCGAGGUCCGUCUCACAGGGCGCGGCAUUCCACUCGAGGAUGAACCAGCAGUCAGCCUCUCACCUAGGGCCCCGGCCGCCUGGUAAGCUCUCCGGUGGACUCGCAUCGCGGAUCAAGGCCUUUGAGCAGCUGGCGAAUAAGCCUCCCUCACCUGGUCUGCCCGUCGUGCCUGUCAAGGAUCGACCGUCUUCAGCCUUCUUUUCAGUCCGCAGGAACAGCGUCAGAGAUGGUGCUCAAUCGCCUCUGGCGCUCGAGAGAGCGAACUCUGUCAGGGGCAGAUCGCCAGGUAACUCGCUUGAAACAUCUCCAGAGGCUAUCAUCAAACCUUCACGGGAACGUUCUGGGUCUGUUGCCAGUCGCUUGUCGGUAUUCGAAGGCGGCAAUGCACCAAGGGGAAGGCCUGAAUCGAUCUCUGUGACGGCCAGGAUUGUUCGCGAUCCUCCAACUCUUACGAGGCCACAGGAGACUCAAAAUGACUAUGACACCAGCCCUUUGGAGCUCAGGCAAUCACCGCUGAUAGUUGACCAUCGCAAGGCUACAGAGACCCCAGAAUUAGAGCCCGUUCCGGACGCUGCACCGCCUGUGCCAACGCCUCUUAUUCAUGCAGGGGAACCUCAGCCACGCAAAUCACUCCAGGAGCGGCGAUUGUCCAAAGCCGGAUCGGUGGCUGCCGGUGAUGAAUCUCGAGAUGGUCAUCGACCAGGGCAACGCACGUCUUUGACAAUGGCCAGGGACUUCCUGCGGGACUCAAUGGUUGGUAGGGACGCUGCGAGCACCCCCCGACCUAUGUCGAUGCACCAGCAUCAUACCUCCCUUAUGGGUCGUCUGAGCAUCAGCUCGAAGCGCACGUCUUUUGGCCCCGAUUCUGCGACCUCGCCGGUGAAGCCUCUAUCACCAAUGUCAACGGGUGAGUUGAGUGAAUCCGGUGAAGACAAGAAAACGAAGGAGGGGAACCGAGCAAGCCGCUUCAUGCGACGUCUGUCCAGCUCAUUGAGCCCGCGCAAACAGUCGACUCCGACGAUUUCUCCCACCCUGGCUGAAGAAAACGUCACUGACGUUGAACAAGCUAUACCGCCUAGGGCCAUGACUGCACCUUCGAUCCCCAGCACGGCCCCUCUUGUUGCCUCUCUGGGCGACGUCAACGUGCAGUUUCCCGACAACCUUCUUUGGAAGAGGCGGACAGUAUCGCUAGACACGAUCGGCUACCUACUCCUCAGCGCUGUGCAGGGUGUCACCUCGAUUCGUGAGAAGCAACUUAAGCGGUAUCACCUGAGCGAGUUCAAAGCACCCUACGCGCCCGAGAUCGAGUUCCAAGAGCUUCCCAACAGCGUGUGCCUGGAUUUUAUCGAUGGGUCCAGCCUGCAGAUUGCCUUCCAAGACCGUGCCGGACAGCUCCAUGGCCUGCACACACUCCAAGAUAACCACCGAAGGCACACCUCUUCCGCUUCAUAA